UGUGGGAGGGAAGAGCAGCGGGGUCAUCUUCGGCGGAAGUCGCAAGUGUUAUCCAUGAGAGGCGAAAGGGUGUCGGGGAUGGCCGUUCGCGGUGGCGGCCAUGGGUUGCGUAAAGAAGAGAGGGAGGCCGUGGCGAUGGCAGUGACUGCCGUGGUCCUUAACUCGGUGGGCGACAUGUCGUCCACGGAAAGCCAGAAGCGUUCGCAGUUGCGCGUCGUCGAAGCACCAGAUUGCAUGGCGGCGUAUGAAGUGGUCCUGCAAUUGUGCACGACGCUCUACUCCGGUGUCUUCCCGCGGGAAACGCCACGAUGGUGGACCAAACGAAGGACUGGCGGAACUUGGGAAGAUCUCCGGUUGCGUGACGACACGACGGAAGACUACUUCCGCGACAAGUUGCGUAUGUCCAGGGCUGUCUUCAUGCAGAUCAUUGCCGCAUGCGCCGCUCACAUCGAGAAGAAGGUAACACAUUACAGGAUGCCAUUGCCUGCGGAGCAGGUCAUUGCUUUCACGUUGUAUAGGUGGGCCUCCGGGAAGACGUUCGAGAGUGGCACGUCAGCCUUUUGCAUCGGCAGGGCCACUGGACUGCAGGCCGUCGGCGAUGUAACUUCGGCGCUGUUGAUGGCGUACCCCGAAUCCAUCGAGUGGCCUGUUGGGCGGAGACGUGUGCAGAUACUUCGGGCCAACUUUAUCAUCUAUUUCAGAACUCACAGUAAGCACAUGGACAACGAACCGCUGCAAACCAUUCCAGCACUUCAAGGUAAUCAUCAACUCAAAAUGAAUUAGAAAACGCAUGUCCCGUUCUGUAAGGUUGGAGACCAUCUACUCUAAACAACAGCUACACGGCA